AUCACCAUCUGUUUGUCCAUAUUGUGCGAUCCCCCAGACGCUACUUUUGGCCUGCUGCUGGGCGUGUUUCUGCUGUGCGGCCUGGCUCUGCUGGGCCUCGUUACGCUCGUCUCCUGGAAGCUGUGCUGGGUUCCUUGGCGGACGAAGGCCCACUUCCCCGGUCCCUCCCUCGGCCCUCGGCUCAGCCCGCCGCGGUCGCCCCUCUCCUCUCCGCCGGGUCCCCAGCAGCAGCAGCAGCAGCAGCAGCCGGCGCCGGUCGCCAUGGCGACGGAGAAGGUGAAAGACCCCAUGGGCUCCAUGGGCUUCCUGGAGGCGGCGGUGAAGAUAAGCCACACGUCCCCCGACAUCCCCGCCGAGGUGCAGCUCUCCAUGAGGGAGCACUUCCUGCGCCGCACGCAGCGCAUGCAGAGGCAGACCACCGAGCCGGCCUCCUCCACGCGGCACAACUCUUUCAAAAGACAUCUUCCCAGGCAGAUGCAGGUGGGCAGUCUGGACCUUGGAAAUGACUACAUGGUGGAGAAGGAGGAAAAGCCCACUAGCAUCGGUCGCAUCCAACCUGAGCUAUACCAAGAAAAUGCCUUGGAAUCGGAGGAGUCGUCCAAAAAGGCCAGCAGCAAAAAUUGCGGCCGGAUUAAUUUCUCUCUCAAGUAUGACUAUGAGAACGAAGCGCUCAUCGUCAACAUCCUCAGAGCGGAAGACCUGCCCGCCAAGGACUUAUGCGGCACGUCCGACCCGUACGUGAAGAUCUACCUGCUGCCCGACCGCAAGAAGUUCCAGACCCGCGUCCACCGGAAGAUGCUCAACCCCACGUUCAACGAGAGCUUCCAGUUCCCCGUGCCUUAUGACGAGCUGGCCACCAGGAAGCUCCACAUGACCGUCUUUGACUUUGACCGAUUUUCCCGGCACGACAUGAUCGGGGAGGUGAUGCUGGAGAAUCUUUUCGAGACGUCAGAUCUGUCCCGGGAGACAAACAUCUGGAGGGAAAUCCAGUACGCAACCAGUGAAAGCGUGGACCUCGGGGAGAUCAUGUUCUCGAUGUGUUACUUGCCCACCGCAGGCAGACUCACACUUACUGUCAUCAAGUGCAGGAAUCUCAAGGCCAUGGACAUCACCGGAUACUCAGAUCCUUACGUGAAGGUAUCGCUCAUUUGUGACGGGAGACGCUUGAAAAAGAAGAAGACAAGCAUCAAAAAGAACACUUUGAAUCCCACCUACAAUGAGGCCAUCAUCUUUGACAUCCCUCCAGACAGUAUGGAUCAUGUCAGCCUGCACAUCUCUGUCAUGGACUAUGACUUGGUGGGUCACAAUGAGAUCAUCGGAGUGAUGAGAGUUGGAUGCCAUGCUGAAGGACUUGGCAGAGACCACUGGAAUGAAAUGCUGGCUUAUCCGCGGAAGCCCAUUGCACACUGGCAUCCUCUGGUGGAGUCCAAGAAAUCUGAGAAAGAGUGGAAGGCGAGAACGGCCAGCUUUGACAGCCAAGGUUCCUGCCCCUCGCCCAGGCCCCCCGCUAGUCCCUGAGCAGAGCCACCUGUGACCCGGCAGCCCACAGGGGGGGGGGGGGUUCUCUCCCUCUUGUUGAUCCACUUCCUGUCUGUCUGAUCGAGGAGAAAAACACAACCCCACACCGUCUCUCCCUAUUUCCGUCCCCACCUUCCUCAAAGCCUAGUCCCAGAGCACUCCUAAGAACGGACCUAGGAUGGUUGUAAGUCAGUUGUGUGAAGCACAGUCUUUUUGGGGGUAAAACUGGGUUACUUGUCCAGUCAGUCCAGU